AUGCAAACUAUGCUUAUAGUAGGUUUUAUAUGGAUUCUAGCAAGUAUUUCUUAUUGUAGUGGAGAUACAUGCUAUUGCAGAUGCUGUGCCGGUAAUUUUUGUACACCAACUUUACAAGGCACCGUUAUUAUUCCAUCAUGUGGCUCAUCUUGCAAAUCUGAAUGUCAAAGCAAAUAUCCAACACAAUGUACAAGUGGAUCCGGUAGUGCCAAUUAUCAAUGUACGAGUGGUGGUGGUGGCGGUAGCAGUGAAACUCCUAAUUGGACUGGUACAUUUGUUGUACAAAACAGAUGUGACAAAAUUUCCUGUUGUUGUCCUGCUAACGAGAUAGUUCUUUCAUCUGCAAGUACAAGUACAUUGCGUAUUCAAAGUCGAUUUACAUGUUUUGAUGCAACAUUUUGGGUUAACGACACCAUUCAGACUCCUAGUGGUUUCAGUACCACGCUAUUAUUAGCUGGAGAUCCAAUUCAUAUUACAAUUAGUCAAGACAGUCGUACGAUUCAAUUGAAUAAUGCAGUAUCUCCUGAAUGUAGCGAAGUUGCUGUACGAAAUGGACCUCUAUCGAGCUCAGCGACUGGUGCUAAAGGUAGUUCCGAUGAAAUGCAUAGUUUUAGUAUGAAAAUUAUACACCAAGAAUAUACAACUGAUGGUAUUCAAAUAAAUUUGAAUUUUGCUAAUCUAAAGAAUGAUGAUUGGCCUAUUGUACUCGAACAAAUACAAAAUAAAGAUUAUCCUUUACGAGGUUUAUCAUUAUCAUGGGAUGCAACUAGUAAUAAAAUAAUCGAGCCUGGUUUUAUUCAAUUUAUUAAAAUAAUUGAAAAUCAUACAACAUUGAUUCAUUUCAAAAUCAGAUUAUAUUCCAUUUCUGAUAAUACGAAAACAAAUUUUUUAUUAGGCGCAUUGAAAAAGAAUCGUUCGAUCAAAAAUUUAUCGGUAAAUGCAACUGACGUUAAUCAACAAACAACAAAAGCAUUUUCAGAAGUAUUGAAGGAUAAUCAAUCGAUACUUUCACUCGAUUUUUAUAACUGUAAUUAUGCCGAUCCUCGUGAACCUGCAUAUCCUAUGUUCGAUGAUUGUGCUACUAAUUUAUCUCAUUCAUUACCUACAAGCGUUCUUCAACGACUUAAAAUUGGUGAUAUUGAUGAUAGAACCUUCAAGAUAUUACUGCCAUCAUUAGUAAAAACGUUGCAUGUUCUUGAUGUAUCUGGAAACACGAAUUAUACACCAGAUAUUUCUACCUUCCAAUCUCAUCUUCAAUCAAAUGAUAAUACCCUGAAAGUAUUAAUUCUCAAUUCUUCCGGAUUUGAGAAAUUCAAACAAUCGGAAUUGUCUUCAAAAAUUCACAUUGUUAAUCGUAAUAGUUUUCUAGGCAAUUUAUUUUCUCUCGAAGGUCCUAUUUCUAUAAUACCACAUACAGUGAAUAAAACUGAUUGGCCUAUAUUAUUGACGGAAUUAACAAAGGAUAUUAAUAGUUUACGUGAAGUGGAUUUAAAUUUAUCUAAUGGAUGUGAUGAAAAUUCUAUGAAUUAUUUAGAAAAUUUAUUAGGUACCCAAUCGCAAUUGAAGAAUUUGAAAAUAAGUGGUACAUCAUUAAAUCAAUCAAUUCAAGAAAAAUUAUUUCAAAUAUUGAGAAAAAACAAAUCGAUUAUUAAAUUUGAAAUGAAUACAAAAAUUGAAUUAAAUAUUCUCAAAUAUUUGAUCGAUUUUUUGGCAAAAAAUAAUAACAUUGCUCAUUUGAAAUUUUACGAAUGUUCAAAUCUGGGUGAUCAAGAAGCGAUUGUGCUAGCUGAUGGUUUAAAAAUGGCUACGAAUUUAAAAAGUUUUCAAGUGAAUAACAGUGACAUAGGUAAUAGUGGAUUUCAAGCUAUUCUCUCGUCUUUACCAGAUUCAUUAAUUGUAUUACACUUUACACAUAGUUGUCUAAAUGCAAAAAUUUUACCUUGGUUUGGGAAUUUUAUCAAAACUCAUCCAAAGAUUAAAGAUAUUUCUCUCGAAAAUAAUCCUAUAACUCUUAACAGUGCACCUGAAUUAGAUGUAGCUGGUUUAAUUGAUCAAAUAUUAAAAAUUACAAAUGCCAAUCAGUGCAAUUGUUAUUUGGAAAUCUAUACAAAAAUUCAAGAUAUAAUUUCAAAUACACCAAUUGGUUGCAUUUGGUUACCUAGAGAACAUAGACGAGAUUAUGAUUUACUCGAAUUAUACAAUGAAAUGAAGAAAAAUCCAACGAAAUAUUGGUCAAUAAAUAUGAAAACUAAUUCUAAUAUGUCACUUCAUGCAUAUGAUAUUUUUCUUGAUAUUCUCAAUUGUGAUAUUCGUGUUGCUGAACUUCAUCUUGGAGAGAACGAUAUGAACGAAGAAGUACAAAAAUAUUUUUUCAAAGAUUUUCGUGAUAAUAAUACAGUGGAACGUUUAGAAAUAUCACAAAAUAAACUUUGCAGUCAAGCUAUGAAAUAUAUUGGAUCUUUUCUAAAACACAGUUCCAAAAUUUGCAUAUUUAAAUUACGUAAAUGUCAAAUUGAUAGUGAAGGUAUUCGUUGUUUAUGCGAAGGCUUGUCUGAAAGCCGUUUAUAUAAAUUAUCUUUAUACGAAAAUCCACUUGAUGAUGAUUCCUGCGCAAGAAUUCUUUCAUCUAUUCCUCCUUCAUUGAAAUCAUUAUCACUUGCAUCUGAUGAGAUAUCGGAAUCAUCCUUUCAAGCAAUUAUUGAUUUUUUGAAUACAAAUAAAACAUUAGAAACACUUAAUCUGAUGUACAAUCCAGUUUAUGAUAAUCGUGUAGAUCAAUUAAAACGCGUAGCAAGUCAAAAUGGUAUUUGCAAAUUUUCCACAGAUAUUGAAUAA